AAUCCAUAAACAAACAUGGCCUAGUUGAGGUUGAGCCAACUUCUCGCUUCCAUCUUCCCUUGUCCACUUUUCACUCCUGCGGCAACCACCACCCACCGCCGGCAAAAUGCUGCGCCACCACCAUCUCAUAUUCCUACUCCUAUUAACCCUCACAUCAUCGCCUCUAAUCCUUUCCCUGAACCAAGAAGGCGUCUUCCUCCAACAAGCCAAGCUCGGCUUCGACGAUCCCAACUCCGUCCUCGCCACCUGGAACCCUAGCCACGCCACUCCCUGCAAAUGGACCGGCGUCGUCUGCGAUCCCGCCACCCACUCCGUCGUCUCGCUCGACCUCUCCAGCUCCAAUCUCUCCGGCCCCUUCCCUUCCAUUCUCUGCCGCCUCAAAAACUUGAUUUCCAUCUCAUUCUACGAUAACUUCAUCAACUCCACUCUACGCCCUGACGACGUCGUUUCGUGCCAGUCUCUGGAGCACCUUGAUUUGGCGCAGAACUACCUCACCGGCCACCUCCCUGCCACGCUACCUCACCUCCCCAAUUUGAAGUAUCUCGAUUUGACGGGAAACAACUUCUCCGGCGUGAUCCCGGACAGUUUCGGAACGUUCCAGAAGCUUGAGGUGCUCGCAUUGGUGGAGAAUUUGCUCGAUGGGACGAUUCCGCCGUUUCUCGGAAACAUCUCGACGCUGAAGCAGUUGAAUCUGUCGUACAAUCCGUUUUCGCCGGGUCGGAUCCCGCCGGAGCUGGGGAACCUCACCAAUUUGGAGGUGCUGUGGCUGACGGAGACGAAUUUAGUCGGUGAGAUACCCGAGUCACUGGGUCGACUCGUCCGGCUCACCGAUUUGGAUCUGGCGUACAACUCGCUGGGCGGCGCGAUCCCGAGUUCGCUCACUGAGUUGACGAGUUUAAUUCAACUCGAGCUGUACAACAACUCACUGACGGGUGAGCUUCCCAGCUCCGGCUGGUCGAACAUGACGUCGCUGCGGCGGAUUGACGCUUCCAUGAACGAUUUGAGCGGCAGCAUUCCUGCCGAGUUGUGCGAUUUGCCGCUCGAAUCGCUGAAUCUAUACGAGAACAAUCUGCGAGGUGAAUUGCCGGAAGGCAUUGCUGAUUCCCCCAAUCUGUAUGAGCUGAGGCUGUUCCAGAAUCACUUAUCUGGGCGGUUACCGCCGAAUCUCGGUAAACUAUCGCCGUUGAAGUGGAUUGAUGUUUCAACCAACAAAUUUUCCGGUCCAUUGCCGGAGAAUUUGUGUCUCAAUGGUGCUCUCGAGGAGCUCUUGUUGAUUGAAAACUCGAUUUCCGGCGAAUUACCGGCGAGCCUCGGGGAAUGCCGUAGCUUGUUGCGCUUGCGGUUAGGGCACAACAGCUUUUCCGGUGAGGUACCGGAGCGCUUGUGGGGGCUUCCACACGUUUCCUUACUUGAGCUUGCCGGAAACUCGUUUACCGGCGGUAUUGCGAAAACCAUCGCCGGCGCUUCCAACUUAUCUCAGCUGAUUUUGUCGGGGAACUACUUUUCCGGUAGUUUGCCAGCCGAGAUUGGGCUUUUGGAUGGUUUGCUGGAACUUUCGAUCAAUGAUAACAAGUUAUCGGGUUCUUUGCCGAGUAGUGUAGUGAAUCUUGGGCAAUUGGUGAAGCUUGAUCUUCACAACAAUGGAUUAUCUGGUGAAAUCCCAAGCGGGAUUCAAUCUUUGAAGAGGCUAAAUGAGCUCAAUUUGGCAAAUAAUGGAUUUUCAGGGAAUAUUCCGAAUGAGAUUGGGGAUUUAAGUGUUCUUAACUAUCUCGAUUUAUCUGGAAAUAAGUUCUCUGGAGAAAUCCCUGUUGGAUUGCAGAACCUGAAGCUUAAUCUCCUCGAUUUGUCGAAUAAUCGUCUAUCUGGCGAUAUUCCGGCCAUGUAUGCCAAGGAAGUGUACAAAGAUAGCUUCUUGGGGAAUCCAGGAUUAUGUGGAGAUAUUGAUGGUCUCUGCAAUGGAAAAGGUGGAAUCCAGGAAAUGGGGUAUGUGUGGUUGUUGAGAUCAAUCUUCAUAGUUGCUGGAUUAGUUCUGAUUGUUGGUGUGGUUUGGUUCUACUUCAAGUACAAGAACUUCGACAAGGCGAAGAAGUCCAUGGAUAGAUCAAAAUGGACAUUGAUGUCGUUCCACAAACUGGAAUUUAGUGAGAAUGAGAUAUUGGAUGCUUUAGAUGAGGAUAAUGUGAUUGGAAGCGGGGCGUCUGGUAAGGUAUACAAGGUGGUAUUGAGCAACGGUGAGGCUGUUGCUGUGAAGAAGCUCUGGGGGCGCCCCAAGUCAGCUGAGGAUAGUGUUGAUUUGGAAAAGGGCAAUGGUGGUUUUGAGGCUGAGGUUGAGACAUUGGGGAAGAUUAGGCAUAAGAAUAUAGUGAAGUUGUGGUGUUGCUGCAGCACCAGGGAUUGCAAGCUUUUGGUUUAUGAGUACAUGCCUAAUGGCAGCCUUGGUGAUCUGCUUCACAGCACAAAAGGCAGUUUGUUGGAUUGGCCGAUUAGGUUUAAGAUCGCCUUGGAUGCUGCUGAUGGCCUGUCCUACUUGCACCAUGACUGUGCUCCCGCGAUUGUUCAUAGGGACAUCAAGUCGAAUAAUAUAUUGCUGGAUUCGGAAUUUGGGGCUCGGGUUGCGGAUUUUGGUGUGGCCAAGAUGGUUGAUGCUAAUGCCAAGGGGAGCCACUCUAUGUCUGUUAUUGCAGGGUCUUGUGGCUACAUUGCUCCAGAAUACGGUUACACGCUUCGUGUGAACGAGAAGAGCGACACAUACAGCUUCGGGGUGGUGAUUCUGGAGCUUGUCACAGGGAAGCAUCCCGUGGAUCCAGAGUUUGGGGAGAAGGACUUGGUGAAAUGGGUGUGCACCACGGUGGACCAGAAGGGCGUGGAGCACGUGAUCGACCCUAGGCUUGAUUCGUGCUUCAAGGAUGAGAUAUGCGCAGUCCUCAACAUAGGACUCCUCUGCACCUCCCCACUCCCCAUCAACCGCCCUUCCAUGAGGCGCGUGGUCACCAUGAUGCAAGCCAUCGCCAACGGCACCCACCACAACGCCCCCGGGAAGGACGGAAAGCUGACGCCUUAUUACUAUCAAGACGCCUCCGAUCAACCCACUUGAGGGGUGAAACAGUGAAAAAUUGUUACUCCACAUAUUAGGUGAGGGGAGUCUGCCAAUAUGUAAAUGAAUCAACCACCAGAGGUUUUGUUACUCUGUUUGGAGAUAUUCUUACAUUUAUACCUUGUCUCAUUUAUGCACCUAACAUGUUCACUUGCAUCAA